CAAUCAAGCCCAUUAAGCAACUUUGCUCAUCCUCCAUCUUUACUAGAUUCUUCGACCUUGCUUCUCCUACCUCUGCAAUUCUGCUAAACCCUCACGGCGAUAAACCCUAAGUUGUAAAAACCGUAUCCAUGGCUGCUCUUACGCGUAACAAGAAGAAGGGUUCCAAUUCACAGACUCCGCCACUGAAUAAGCAGACUAAGGCGUCUCCGCUGAAGAAGGCGGCUAAAACCCAGAAGCCUCCAUUGAAGAAGCAGAGGAAAUGUAUUUCGGAGAAGAAGCCCCUCAAAAAGCCUGAAGUUUCCACAGACGAGGAAGAAGAAGAAGAAGAGAAUGAACAGUCUGAUGAAGGGUCUGAAUCAGGUUCUGAUUUGUUCUCUGAUGGUGAUGAAGAAGGAAACAAUGAUAGUGAUGAUGAUGAUGAUGAUGAUGAUGAUGAUGAUGAUGAUGAUGAGGAUGCAGAACCCUUAGCUGAAGACUUUCUCGAUGGUAGCGAUAAUGAGGAGGUAACCAUGGGUUCUGAUUUGGAUUCUGACUCUGGUGGAUCCAAACUCGAGAGGAAAUCUAGAGCUAUUGAUAGAAAACGUAAAAAGGAGGUACAAGAUGCAGACGAUGAAUUCAAGAUGAACAUUAAGGAGAAACCUGAUGAGUUUCAGCUACCAACCCAAAAGGAACUUGAAGAAGAGGCACGUCGGCCGCCAGAUCUUCCUAGCUUGCAAAUGAGGAUAAGAGAGAUUGUUAGAAUCCUGUCGAAUUUUAAGGACUUGAAGCCAAAAGGAGACAAGCACGAGAGGAAUGAUUAUGUUGGACAGCUUAAAGCUGAUCUUAGUUCUUACUACGGCUAUAAUGAGUUUCUUAUUGGAACUUUAAUUGAGAUGUUUCCUGUUGUUGAACUCAUGGAACUAAUCGAAGCUUUUGAAAAGAAAAGACCUACAUCUAUACGUACUAACACUCUUAAGACUCGAAGACGGGAUCUGGCUGAUAUACUUUUGAACAGAGGAGUUAAUCUAGACCCAUUAAGCAAGUGGUCAAAAGUUGGACUUAUCGUUUAUGAUUCACAAGUUCCGAUUGGUGCAACUCCUGAAUAUUUGGCAGGAUUCUAUAUGUUGCAAAGUGCUAGUUCGUUCUUGCCAGUGAUGGCCCUUGCUCCUCGAGAAAAAGAACGAGUUGUGGACAUGGCUGCUGCCCCUGGUGGUAAAACAACAUAUGUUGCUGCACUAAUGAAAAAUACAGGCAUAAUAUAUGCAAACGAGAUGAAAGUACCUAGGCUUAAGUCACUUUCUGCCAAUCUACAUCGCAUGGGAGUGACAAAUACCAUAGUUUGUAACUAUGACGGACGAGAGCUAACCAAAGUUUUAGGUCAGAGCUCGGUUGAUAGAGUAUUGCUGGAUGCUCCCUGCAGUGGAACUGGAGUUAUAUCAAAAGACGAAUCAGUUAAAACUUCCAAAAGUGCUGAUGACAUAAAGAAAUUUGCCCAUUUGCAAAAGCAACUUAUACUUGGUGCGAUUGAUUUGGUAGACGCCAAUUCCAAAACCGGUGGAUAUAUUGUUUACUCAACAUGUUCAGUUAUGAUACCCGAGGUUGGUGAACCAUACUUUUUCUGUUCCACUAUUUUUUUUUCCUGGCAUCUUCAUGUUUUCUCACUAGUUCUAUUUGUACAACAAAUUAUGCAGAACGAAGCUGUCAUCGAUUAUGCUCUGAAAAACAGGGAUGUUAAACUCGUUCCAUGUGGACUUGAUUUUGGCCGACCAGGGUAAUAUACAUUUUCAUCUGCAUUGAAAAAUUUCAUGAUUCGUCAUCUGAACACAAAUGUUUUGCUGCAUAUCUUCAGAUUUAGCAGUUUUAGAGAACACCGGUUCCACCCUUCUUUAGAGAAGACUAGACGUUUCUAUCCUCACGUGCACAACAUGGAUGGAUUCUUUGUUGCAAAGGUAUACACUUGGUUAACCUAUGAAUAGCUUUUCCCUGCAAAACAGAUGUUUUAUAAAAUAUGAAUAGUGAUUAAACCAACGAGGUAUUUACUUUUUCCUUUCUUUGUUCUGCAGCUGAAGAAGAUGAGCAAUGCAAUGCAGCCUUCAGGAAAUGAUGAGCCAGCUGUAACAAUGGAGCAAGCUCAGGUGUCGUCUAGUGAUGAUGAUGAUGAGAAAGCUGAGGCCAUUGAGGAGUUGGAGAAGCCACCUGUUGCCAGUGGGCAACCCAAGAGAGAGAGUAACACUAAAGAAGACACGAACAAACGAAAAAAUCCAAGGUCAAAGGAAAUUCACAAAGGCAAAAGGAAUAAAAACACAAAAACCGAAAGUGGUAAUGUGGAAGAACCCAGGAAGCAAAAGAAGAAGAGAUCACAAUGGAAGAAUGAGAUUGCUCAAGCUAGGGAAGAAAAAAGAAAAACCAUGAGAGAGAAUGCUAAGGAGACGCCAAAGCACAGGGGAUAAGAAUAGGUUUGAGAUCGUGAUGCAUCUUGAAGAGUAGAAUAUUUCGGUGUUCUGGCCAUGGCGAAGGACACAAGAAAAGAGGCUUCAUUGGCUGAGGCCAAGGUAUCUAUACAAUGGCUUUCUAGUUUUGAUUAAUUUACUGCGUAAAGAAAGGGUGACACCCACAUGGAUUAGCUGUUACAUGUCCAAAAGUUUUGUAUCAAUCACAUAACUUGAUUUUUGUGAGAGGCUGUUUCUAUUUUCCGUUUUCAAUUGGAGUUGUAAAAUUUAUUGAAAACAAAAACGAGUCCCUACUUUCUCUCACAAGUGUGUUUGAAAGGCUAUUCAUUUUUCUGCUCCUAGCAAUUAUUUAAUAAAAUACAUAAAUCUUGGAGGGUUGGGUCC